AUGCGGUUACUUCCAUGUCACCUGAGAUCUCUCCUCUUAUCCUGUAAAGACAAACAAUCUCUAUUCAAGAUCCAUGCUCUUGUCAUAUUAACUGGCCUCUUAAGCCAUGGAAACUCCAAUGCCCUUCUUAUAAAAUCGUAUGCACGCAUUACUGGCGCAGUGUCAGCACGCCAUGUGUUUGAUAAAUUGCCUCCAAGAGGAGUGGAUGUGUGGAACGCCAUGAUCAUUGCUUAUUCUCGGGAAGAGUGCCCGCGCGAGGUUAUGAAACUACAUAGGCAGAUGAUCUCUGAGGGUAUUAGGCCUGAUAGCUCUAGUUUCAGUGUUGCUCUUAAGGCGUGUGCAAGUUUGUUGGAUCUGAGAGCCGGUGAAGAAAUUUGGUUCAAAGCGAUAGAACAUGGCUACGAGUACGACGCGUUUGUGGGAUCGUCUGUUUUGAACUUGUAUGCCAAGUGUGGGAAGAUAGAUGAAGCGAGGGCCGUGUUUGAUAAGUUGCCGAGAAGAGAUCUUGUUUGCUGGACAUCGAUGAUAACAGGAUUUGUGAAGAGCGGGGGGCCAUUGGAAGCGGUUGAUAUGUAUAGGAGAAUGCAAAAGGAAGAACUGGAAGCUGAUGGGGUUGUGAUGUUGGGUUUGAUGCAGGCUUGUGCAAGCCUCGGGGAGUUGAAAGUUGGACUUUCUAUUCAUGGGUGUUUGAUUCGAAGAGAUCAUCCUAUGGAUGUCAUGCUUCAAACUAGCCUAGUUGAUAUGUAUUCUAAGACUGGGAAAUUGGAGUAUGCUUGCUGUGUAUUUGACAUAAUGAGUCAUAAGAAUGUUGUUUCUUGGGGUGCUUUGAUUGCUGGCCAUGCUCAAAAUGGUCUUGCAGGGAAUGCUCUUGAAUUGUUGGUAGAAAUGCAAAACUGUGGUUUCAAACCCAAUUUAGUAUCUCUCUUGAGUGCUCUUCUAGCUUGUUCACAACUUGGGCUUCUGAAGUUGGGUAAGUCCAUACAUGGAUAUAUUGCCAAAAGGCAUGACAUUGAUCAAGUUUCAGGCACUGCGGUGAUUGAUAUGUACUCAAAAUGCGGAUCUCUUUCUUGUGCACAGGCUCUGUUCGAUAGGACAAAGACUAGAGACUUGAUCUUUUGGAAUGCCAUGAUUACCAGCUAUGGAAUUCAUGGACAGGGAGAAGAAGCUUUAUCACUCUUCCUCAAGAUGAGAGAAGCAGGCUUAAAACCGGAUCACACGACUUUUGCUUCUCUUCUGUCGGCCUUAAGCCACUCAGGUCUAGUAGAAGAGGGUCAGUAUUGUUUUCGUCUCAUGCAUACCGAGUAUAAGAUCAUAGCAGAGGAAAAACAUUAUCUUUGUAUGGUUGAUCUUUUAGCCCGUGCGGGCAAAGUUGAAGAGGCUUAUGAACUAAUAGGUUCCAUGAAUAUUUUACCGGGACUUCCUGUUUGGGUCGCCCUCCUGGCGGGCUGCUAUAAUCAUGGGGCAUUGUUGAUAGGAGAAAUUGCUGUAAAGAAGAUACUUGAGCUAAACCCGCGCGACUUGGGAGUUUAUGCCUUGAUCUCAAACUUCUGUUCCAAGGAAGGAAAGUGGAAUGAAGUAGCUGGUCUGAAAAACGUUAUGAAACAGAUGGGAAUCAAGAAAACACCCGGUUAUAGUGCUGUGGAAGUGAAUGAAAAGUUCCAUUCUUUUCUUAUGGAAGAUAAAAGUCAUCAUCAAUAUGAAGCUAUUCUGCGAUUUUUAAAGAAGUUGGACCAUGAGAUGAGAAUUAUGGCAUAUGUUCCUGAGACUGAACUUGAAUUGCAUGGAUUGUGUGCGGAGAUAGAUGAUAUGAAACCGCUCUCAUUGCGAAAUCGUGGCAAGACCAUGAGAUCCAUAAGGCAUUUUGCUUCCUCUUAUAAUGCUGAAUCUCAGGCCCAUGACAGAUUUCUUAGAGAAAAGUAA